UAAAAGCAAGAUACAAAGCUGGCCAAACAACACAAACCACAAACCCCCACUCACGGUGAGUGACUCUCUCUGUAGAAUAAGCACGAUAGGGUUUCUUCCUCAAAGCAAGCCGAUGGAAAAUUGCGUCUCUCUGGCUCGUAAGUCUUGAUUUGGAUUUGUGCACCCUCUUCGAAUUUGGGGACCAAGAAGAGCUCCUCUGCAAUACCAAUCGAUAAGCCUCUCUGGUCAUGGAUAGGGAUUGGAUGUAUUCACAAAAUAGAAUCUCCCCAGAGUACCGAGAAAAAGUAAAUGAGUUUUUAAACUAUUCAUACAGAGACAAGGAUAUAAGCUCAUUGAUUUAUUGCCCCUGUAAGGAUUGUGCAAAUAGAUUUUAUGUAAAUCGUAAUGAGGCUUAUUCACACCUCAUAGUCCGUGGAUUUACAUCAAGGUAUAGAUGUUGGAUUUAUCAUGGUGAGACUAGUACUCCGAUUCAAGAGAACACAAUGGCCACAGACAAUACACAAGUGCACACGAAUGACAGUAUGGUCAAUAUGAUACACGAAGCAUUUGGUGUUCCCCAUGGAAUCGAUUCUGGUGCUAACACUGAGCAUGGCAGUGGUCCAAAUGAAAAAACUAAAGAUUUCUUUAAGCUUUUAGAGGAUGCUGAAACUGAAUUGUUUCCAGGGUGUCAAAAUUUUAGCAAGUUGUCUUUUAUUGUUCGCCUUUUACAGUUAAAAGCCCUCUCGAGUUGGACAAAUAAGUCAUUCACAUUACUUUUAGGAUUACUUAAGGAAGUAUUUCCAGAGUUGGAGAAUAUUCCAGGUUCAUAUUAUGAAGCUAAAAAAAUUGUUGAUGCUUUGGGGUUUAAUUACCAUACAUGGGAUUCAUGUCCAAAUAAUUGUAUGAUUUAUCGUGGUGAAGAUAUAGACCUGGAAAAGUGUUGCAUUUGUGGAGAAAAUAGAUAUAAGGAAGGUGGAAAAAAGAUUGGAAUUAAGAGAGUGAGAUACUUUCCUUUGAAGGAAAGACUACAAAAGUUCUUCAUGUCUUCCAAGACUGCUUCACUAAUGAAAUGGCAUGUAGAGGGUAGAUCUGAUGAUGGUGUAUUAAGGCAUCCGGCAGAUUCUAAAGCAUGGAAAUCUUUUGAUGAGAACAACAAGGACUUUUCAAAUGAUAAACGUAAUGUUCGCUUAGGUUUAUCAGCAGAUGGAUUUAAUCCUUUCAGAACGUUGUCGACAUCUAGAAGCACUUGGCCGGUUAUCCUGAUUCCCUAUAAUCUACCUCCUUGGCUAUGUAUGAAACAACCAUUUUUAAUCUUGUCUAUGUUAAUUGAUGGACCUAAUGGACCCGGAGACAAAAUUGAUGUAUUUUUGCAACCAUUAAUUGAAGAGUUGAUGCUUUUGUGGAAUGAAGGUGUAUUGACAUAUGAUGCAUCUGCUAAUGAGAUGUUCACGUUACAUGCAGCACUGUUAUGGACUAUUAACGAUUUUCCUGCAUAUGCUAACUUAUCUGGAUAUAGUACAAAGGGAUUUCUUGGUUGUCCAUGUUGUGAAGACAAAACUAAGUAUCUCAGGUUGUGCAAUGGAAUGAAGACAUGCUAUAUGGGUGAUAGGCACUAGUUAUUAGUGCCUAAGUGUACAUUUUUAUUAUCAUUUGUAAUAUUUAUUUACUAGUAUUAUGCAAGUUUGUAGUUGUUAGUUUGCAUUUGAUUGUAAUCGUAUUUUUAGUAUUUUAUCGUUUGUUGUAAGUUAUAGUUAGUUGAGCUAUAAGUUUAGGAUAGGUUUGGAAGCAAGAAGGAUGGAAAAACCUGAGUUUUAUGCAAAACCCGGUCGGGUAUGGACUUUACCCGGCCGGGUAUGAAGUGACAAAGGAAACUGCUGCAAAACUAGCAAAUACCCGGUCGGGUAUUCCAUAUACCCGGUCGGGUAUGUCAAAAUACCCGGCCGGGUAUCCGGCAUUAGGUGUUGAAAACACCUAUAAAUAACCCCAUUUUCCUUCACUUUUAAUCACUCCUUCUUCCAUACUCUUAAGCUCAGUUUAGAAUAGUAUUUCUUUUAUAUUUUUAUAGCAUGUUUAGUCUCCAAAUGAGGAGCUAAACUUCCAUUUCUUGGUGUUGCUCUUGAAGCUUGUUGAUUAUUAAAGUUGUGAGUUAUUUUCUUAACUUCUUCCCUUG